AUGCACUGCAAGUCCGGGAAGCCCUCGCUGUCCUCGUUCGCGAUUGAGGAGGUGCUGCAGCACAAGCUGACAGGCUGCAGGAAGUCGCACGAGGGCAAAAUCAGACACAAAGCCGGGCGUGCAGCAACUCACGGCCGGGAAGGCGUCGGCCGCCGUGAAUUGCCUCACGGACACGUCGAAGUGAUCUGUAGCUUCGGCUCGCGAUACUCCAGCACGCAACUGCCCGGCGUCACGCCGGCGAUUCUCUCCUGGCUCGCCGCCGUCAAUUCCUCCACCUUGGGCGGCUUCGUGGGGUCCGUGUUGUGCAGUAGCGUCACGAGAUCACUCCUCUCCAGCCGCACCCUCCGGUCGCUGCCCACGAACUCAUUCACACUGGGCAGACCCUCCUGGGCGAGCCUGAAGGCGCACGACAUGUUCUUGUUGUCGCAGCGCACGAACACCUUCACGCCCGUGUUGAUGAUCUUCACGCGAUCGCCGCUCAGCUACACGAUGUCACGAAUGGACUCGGAGCUGAAGUAGAUAUUCUUCUUCUUGCCCGUGUGAUAGCGCGUGGCAUAGCAGACACGUGGGCUGGAAGUCCUCGCGCAGCGUGUAGAAGGACUUGAUGGAGGAGAAGAUGUCCUCGUCGCCGUGGAAGAAGACAAAGGGCUCCUCUUUGUAGCCGCCCAGGCGGCGCUUCUUGCGCUGCGGCGCCGCCGGAGAGCCUCUCUUCUCCUCCUCCAGCGCCCACGGCAUGGCUCUGGUCUUCACCAGCACCGCCACAAAGAAUCCUCCGGCGGGAACAUCUGCGGGCGCAAGAUUAUGUGAUACUGCUCGGGAACUGCCUGGAAAUCCGCGUAGAAA